AACGCGUUGGAUGUCAGAUGUUUCCUGCCUGACAUCGAAUAUAAAAUGAAUAUCUUCAUCAUGGCUUCCUUAUUCACUCACUCGCGGAUGGAAACUAUGGCCGAGCCAGGGCAAGAGAGAGAGAGAGGAGAGGCUUCUGCCUACAAAAUCUCUCUCCUCUCUCUUACAUCUUACAUCUUACAACAUUGAGGAAUUAUCUAGCUGACUAUCAUUUAAUUUUGGACCCAAGCAUCAAGUAUCCCGUCAAACAUUGCCGAAUAACACGCAGCACAGUCUAUCGUUUAAUUUAUACCAUACCACCUACAUAAUAUAACGGUAAAAAUGGAUCGCACUGUUCAAAAAGGACCUCGACCUCAUCUUCCGAUGACAGCUGAACCCCAGCAUGGGAGUCUUGCUCAAGGCAGUAGUAGCACACCUAAACACGAAAAGUCUUCUCAAGGUGGUGAUACCACCGGAAAUGCCAGAAGCGGGAAUGCCAACGGUUCUAAGCCUCUGCGAAGAUUGUUUGGUAGCUUGGGUCGACAAGUCUCUGACAAGUCAGGACCGAAUAUCCCGGCAGCGCAAAGGGGCAGCAAGAGUAGCGAGCCGGAGUACGAGGACGUCCCGCUCGUUCCGAUGACCAGAGGGGCCCACGCCGGCCAGCCAGGACCGGCUAAGCCGGCUGCUACCAAGAAAACCACCACCACCAAACAAGCCUGCCAUGAUAACCAACAGGGGCAGAGUUCGAUCCAGAGGCCACAGCCGCAAGGGCGGCGGGCGGAGGGCCUAUUACGGGGUAGAGUUGAAGCCACCCAAGCCGCGCCGGGUGGGAGCGAGAGCAGCGAAUUCACAUUCCGCGGCGGGGAUACCGGAAACUGUGUCAGAGAACCCUGCGGCUGCUGCGCGUAUUGGAUCAACAAGAUCUGCUGCGGUGAUGAUGAUUGAAAAUCAGGCCGGGGCGCGAACGGCCCCUCUAG